AUGUCUACAGCCACACUCAUGAGAAUGCGCUCGGCACGGCCUACUGGCCCUCGCCUUCGCUCUGUCCCCGCAGGGCUCUCUAUCCAGGCCCGUUCCAAGACAACCAUGCCCUUCCGUCUCCCCGAUGCUCGUAACGAGCCUAACCCUCUGUACACCAAGGGCUCUCCAGAGCGCGCCAAGCUCGAGGAAGCUCUCACCAAGCUCCGCUCCCAGCUGCCCGUGCGGAGUGAGCUCUUCUUCGACGGAAAGCUCCAAGCAAGCUCCAAGUCCAUUGACCAGCCGUUGCCCGCCGAACAUGCCACUACCUUCACAAACUACCCUCUCGCAACCGAAGAACAGACCAAGACCGCCAUUGAGAAAGCUCUCGAGGCCAAGCAGAGCUGGCAAGAUACCCCAUUCGUCGAUCGUGCCUCGAUCUUCCUCAAGGCUGCUGAGCUGCUCACUACCAAAUACCGAUACGACAUCAUUGCGGCUACCAUGCUUGGCCAGGGAAAGAACAUCUGGCAGGGAGAGAUUGAUGCCGCAGCUGAGUUGGCGGACUUUUUCCGUCUGAACUGCAACUGGGCAGCUGAGAUUCUGGAAAAGCAGCCAACUCGCGGCAGCGAUGGCAUGUGGAGUCGCAUUGACUACCGUCCUCUAGAGGGCUUCGUCUACGCCAUCUCCCCCUUCAACUUCACUGCUCUUGGUGGAAACCUGAUUGCCGGCCCUGCCAUCAUGGGUAACGUGGUGCUGUGGAAGCCCUCGCCCUCCAACGUCUACGCUAGCACCCUGCUCUACAAGAUUCUCCUGGAAGCUGGUCUUCCUCCUAACGUCAUCCAAUUCGUCACUGGCGAUGCGCAAGCCAUCACCGACACUGCCCUCUCCCACCGCGAUUUUGCCGGUCUGAACUUCAUCGGUUCCUCCGAUGUCUUCCGCUCGCUGUACGGCCGCAUCGGCCAGGGUGUUGCCGCAAAGACCUACCGCGAGUUCCCUCGCUUCGUUGCUGAGACCAGUGGAAAGAACUUCCACCUUGUUCACCCUAGCGCCGACAUCUCCAGCGCUGUCAACCACACCAUCCGUGGCUCCUUCGAGUACCAGGGCCAGAAGUGCUCUGCUACCUCCCGUCUCUACCUGCCUGAGUCCAAGGCAGAGAAGUUCCUGUCCCAAUUGAAGGCCGGUAUCAGCGAGAUCACUAUUGGAAACCCCGACAAGGACUUGGAGGCCUACAUGGGUCCCGUGAUCCACCGUGGCUCCUUCGAGAAGAUCAAGACCAUCAUUGACGCCAGCAACAAGGAUCCCUCCCUCAAGUUGCUUGCCGGUGGUACUUACGAUGAGUCUGUCGGCUACUACGUGCACCCCACUGUGUACCUCGCCGACUCACCCGACCACGCUCUCUUCAACGAGGAGAUCUUCGGUCCCGUUCUUGCUGUGCACAUCUACAAGGAUGCUGAGUGGUCCUCAGUUCUGAAGUCCGUCGACCAGAACGGCGGUGGCUUCGCCCUGACCGGUGCCGUCUUCGCCAAGGAUCGCGUUGCUAUCCGCGAGGCUGAGGACAAGCUCCGCUACUCUGCCGGUAACUUCUACAUCAACUGCAAGACCACCGCUGCUCUUAUUGGCCAACAGUCCUUCGGUGGUGCCCGCGCUAGUGGCACCAACGACAAGGCUGGUAGCUCCGACCCCCUGCGCCGCUUCGUCAGCCCGCGCUUGAUCAAGGAAGAGUUCUUCGGCCAGGAGGGAUUCACUUACCCCAGCAACCACUGA